UGUCGUCGCGUGCAGAUCAACGAAAAAAGAAGGAGAGAGAGAAAAGAGAACGGCUCUCCGAAUCUUUCAUGAAACCGAUAGUGAAUGUCGCGAAGGUGACGGCAACGACAAGUUGAGCUGAACAUGUCGAUGUGAUAUACAUUCGCAUUAUCAUUGCAGAUUACAGUUAGCUCGAGGUUUUUGUAUCGUGUUCUUCGUUCUCACGAUGUAUCGACGAGGUGUGACAGAGGCGACAACGUUGACGGAAUUUGAGGAAAGUGUAUCCUUCGAUGCGGAUGAUCCAGACUUUGCGCCUAAGCCGAAUACAAUGCUAAAUGUCCUCCACGACGCACAUUGCUUAGCUCUCGCGGACACCAAAAUCGAUAUUAGUAAAGUAUCCACUUACCAGUGUAACAUGUCGGUUACUUCCGUACAAUCAGCUACCACUGAGAGCCUUUCCCGUCACGGAAGCAACAUCUCGCUAUCCCGUCACAGCCUGUGUGGGAGCGUGGACGAUGGUCUGCAAGGCUCGCAUCCCCAGUACCAGGACACGAUCCUCACGAUCGAGGAGCUGCGUGCUCAGCUCAACUCCUGCUUUACAUGCGGGGUGUCGUGGAGCGAGGAGCACGUCUCCCUGGACUGCAGCGAGUGCGGUGGCUACUCCCUGCAACGGCCAUGCCCGCUUUGUGACGGUCGUUGCCAUACCGCGUGGAAGCGCGACCUCACCAUGUCCCAUGCGAGUGGUAAAGCAAGAUGGAUCGGUGAGUGCGGGCUAAGCUGUGGACCCUCCUUGGAGGAAUCACUGGUGCCCGCGUUGGAGAAGCUGCGGGCUACUUCGUGAACGGCGUCAGCCCGAGCACCGCCAAUCAUGCACAAGACUUAAAUCCAUCACCAUCCAUCUAGCAUCACCCACCACCAUCGCGUGCGAGACUCAAGAAAGAAAGAAAGAGAGGAAGAGAGAGAAAGAGAAAUGUGUGAAUGUGGACCAUGGAUGAUAUGCAUUAUGUUCCUGAGGGGGACGGCUGACAAGGGAAAGAAGGGUCAGUUUCGGCCUUGUGGUUUUUUCCCCAAAGAUACAAAGCCGUACCCAGCUGGUCCCUCAACAUCAAGGACCACCAUCAUCGUCAUUAUCGUCUUUCAGGCGAAAGUACAAAAACUACACGAUCGACGUCCGAAUUCUAUGAAGAAUUUCUACGUUAUAUUGAAUGAUUAACUAUGUUGCAGCGAACUAGUUUAAAAUAUUGCUCUUUCGGAGAACAGAUUCUAAUUUACUUUCAGAAGAUUUUAUGCCGAUUUAUUGUGUCGUAAAAUUUAUUUCGAUUAUUUCUCCAGCGAUUUAAGUUCUGUCAAGAAACAGAAUUUGAUCUUUUUUUUUGAACGAUUUUUUGCCGCUGAUGUGGAAUUAUAUCAUCGCUACACGAAAAUAACUUUUUUGCGAAAUGGCUUUUUUGCAAAAUUCAAAAAUAGAUAAUUUGUGAAAGAGAAAUCUUUCUGUCUAAGAAUACGUCGAUGUAUCCAUGAAGCAGAUUUGAUUGUUCUUUGAAAUAUUUUUGAACCUUACAUUCUUUUUUAAAUUUAGAAUAUAGAAAUGUAUAAUAUCGAAAAAAGUGCAAGAAAAGCAGGAACGAAUCGAAAGUACACUUUGAUAAUUUUUUUUUCUCAUUCAAUCUGGAUGACUUUAAAACUUUUUGUUAGUUUGUGUAUAAAAUUAAAGAUAUGAAAUUUCACACGAAGAAAAAAUAAAAGAGUGUAAUCUCAGAAUAACAUGAAUGAAGCUUUGCUUUUAGACUUGAUUGGCAUAGUUAUCUUUUGGAACAGCUAAUGUCUUUGUACAGACAACUAAUUUUGACAGUGAUUGUAACUCCGAAAUAUUUUUAUACCAUUUGAUUUGGCCAUCGUAACAAUUGUUUGUCAUUCGCACACUUAUUACAAAAUUGAAUUUUUGUGUUUUUUUGAAUUCUAAGGCACAUGCACCUGAAUCGGUCACUUUAGAAUACGACGUAAAGCUAUUUUCCAAAUUAAAACAAUCAAAAGAGUUUUUUUUUAUGAAAGUGUGCAUUCUAAAGAUUUUUAUAUUGUGUAUAAUAACAUUCACGUCAUUAUUACGUCAUUAGUUACACAUCUAGUUUUAAAGAAUUUUUAUUUGUAGACUUAAAGCAAUGAAAAAAUGAUUAAUUCGUUUGUGGAAAAUUCGAUUUCUUACUGCGGAUUGCUUAUUACAAAUGUUUUCAAAUUUUUGUAUCGAUCAAAAUUACGAAACUCGCACCACGUAAAAAUAUCAUGACUUCGGACAAAUUUUAAUGACGAUAGCUUAAUCUUCGGUCGUUCCUAUAUUAUAGCAAUGCGAGAGAAGCCCGACCUUCACUUUACUUUUUUACGUAACGAAAGUUACAUCUCGGCCUCUCUGUCGCGCGAAAGAGCGCGAAUUUGCAUUACGCGAAUCCUAGGAUAAUUAUUAGGCAACAAUUAAUCGAUCGAGCGAUCUGACAGCGAGAAACCCGUCCGGGAUUUUCGCACGAGAGCACGACGUAUCGGUGUUUUGUAGGUAAAUAAUUAUUCGAUAUUCUUCGCUUUUAAUUGUCACAACUGUAUCAUCGGCGAAAUAAUUCCGAGCUUGCGAUUGUAUACGAUAAAAAUUUAGUCGAAGAUUUGCCUCUUUAGCGAGGAUUUUUAGUGUUAACGUGACGUGAUUCAAUCGUCAUAGUCCUAAGGAUUAAUAGACAGUCGGUGUGUUGCCAAUUCGAGAAAAAUUAUUAAAUUAAUUAUUUCCACAAAAAUAGCAAUUAGAAAAUUUGACAUUCGAAACGUUAUUGUGCGUCGAAAUUGGUACGGCGAGGAGAAAAGGGUACGAAAAUACACAGUUGUAUUGUCCGUUUGCAUUGUAACGGAAAAUUAUACGAAUCUCCUUGGGUCUAUGAAAGUUUAAAAAGAUCGAUUGUAUUUAUAGCGUUUCUCGACAAAGAUACGUCUUGCUCGCUUUAAAUAGUCCGCUUUCCUGCCGAGCAUUUCUGCCAAGUGGUUGGUGGAGUAGCUCGACUCCCAAGUGCAUGAGAAUGUCUCAUGUGAUUCAACAAUUGCAUACUCGAUAUAAAGAAAAUUGCGAGUGCCCAAUGAGAUUUUAUUGUCGAAGAAUCAAAAUCAAAGUUAUACAAUUUCAUCAUGUAAUAUUGAGUAUAAAUAUUAUUCGCAUAUGCGAUACUUUAAAUACCUUAUAACAGAAAAGUGCAGAUUCAUUUAAAUAUAUUCAUAACUUAUAUAUUAAAUGUGAUGCUUUUAUAUAUUCCAUCGUUGUUAUUAUGGGGCUUGCAGAAUUUUCUGUGUCAAGUCAAUUUGGAAAGCAUUUACGUCGUGCCAAUGACUUUUUCGGAUUUUUAU